AUGUCGAAUUCAGCAGCCACCAAAGAACCACCGCAUAAAAAGAGGAAGAUGUCUCCGUCUCCUUCGUCUUCAUCUACGUUAACGUCUCUGCCAGAUGAUAUGGUUAUGAGCUGCUUGGCUCGAACGUCGAGAUUAGACCUGGCGGCCUUGUCUCAAGUCUCCAAGAGCUAUGGCACUCUAGUAACUUCCCCUGAUCUCUAUAGAACAAGAUCGCUAUUGAGUUGCAUGGAGAAUUGCCUCUAUGUAUGCCUUCUCACCCCACUAGACCCUAUCCCACGUUGCUUCAUCCUCCGCCGUGGUAACAAAUCUGUGAAUCGGCUUCUUUGCCCGAUCCCGUCGUUGCCUUUUCAGGCUCCAGCAGCAUCUUCCGUUGUGGCGGUUGAUUGGGGAAUAUAUGUAAUCGGUGGUAAUGUAAAGGGCAAGUGCUCUAAGGCUUUUGGAGUCUUGGAUUGCCGUAGUAACAAAUGGCACCGUCUCCCUUCAAUGAGAGUAGGUCGCACUGCCGCGGCUGCUGGAGUAGUUUGCGGGAAGAUAUACGUGUUUGGAGGAUGUCCAGACCUGAAUUCUUCAAACUGGGCAGAGUUGGAUUCUGAGCAAGGAGAUUUGCUUUGGAAGUACGUAAAGGGUUUGGGCUCUGUGAAUGAGAGUCUCUCUCGCUCCAGACUGGUCCAUUUUGAUAGCAGGUUCGAGGCUAUGUGGGAGUCGCACAAGAUCAAGAUCGGGAAACACAAAAAGCUCGUAGAUUUACUUCCCGGAGCCAGAUUGAGCUACUCUGGUCCCAACAUUGUGCUCUUCUGGGACGUCAUUGAAGGGGAUCGUUUUGACAUGUGGUGUGCUGAGAUUUCUUUGGAGCGACGCCAAGGACCGGAGGAGAUGUGGGGCAACAUUGAAUGGUCUAACGUAGUCAUGACCGUUGAUCAUUUCUUAGAUCGCUACAAGGUUCUACAUUCCGUUUGUGUCAGUCUCUGA